UUUCUCAAUUUUUGUCAAUAGAAAAAUUUUUGUUUACUUUUUGGAAAUUUAAUUUUCUAUUCUAAAAUUUUAAUUUGUACAGUUUUUUGUCCCUUCUAAUCAAUUAAUCAACAUGGGUAAACACGAGCCUAUGACACCUAAGGCGAUUGGUAAGCGAAUUAAAUCAAAAGGUCUUCAAAAGCUUAAGUUUUAUUGUCAAAUGUGUAGUAAACAAUGUAGAGAUGAUAACGGAUUUAAAUGUCACCUUUCAAGUGAAUCUCAUCAAAGACAAUUGUUAUUAUUUGCUGAGAAUCCGAAUAAAAUUCUUGACCAGUAUUCAUCUGAAUUUCUACGUGAUUUCCUUCAGCUGUUAAAGACGCGAUUUGGUACUAGGAGGGUCGCUGCGAAUAUGGUUUACCAGGAAUAUAUUAAAGAUCGUCACCAUCAGCAUAUGAAUUCAACUCGAUGGUUUUCCUUGUCUGGAUUGUGUAAAUUUCUUGGACAGAAGAAAAUUUGUAUCGUCGAUGAGACGGAAAAAGGUGUUUUCAUAACCUACAUUGAUAAGGAAGAAAUUGCCGCUCGUGAACAAGCAGCGAAAAAGGUUAAACUGGAAAAAGAUUCCGAGGAAAAGAUGGCGAAAAUAAUAGAGAAACAAAUAGAAAGAGCAAAAGAACUUGAAAAACCUAAACAAGAAGAUGAAUCAUCUUCACAAUUAACUUCAUCUCCAUCAUCAUCUAAACCAAUUGAAUAUAAACCAGGGGAAGGACAAGUUAAAUUUACCUUUAAAUCAACUAAAUUAACUGGACUGAAGAGAUUAGGUAAAUAAGGAAAUCUAAUCAACCCGACAAAAUGUACAUUUCAACUGAGUCCAUAUUUUAAUGUAUAUAAAAAAAUGUAAAUGAUUUGAUUUACAAAAAUGAGUUUAA